UGAGUGUUUGCAAAAAUGUCAUUACCCUCAGCCAUUGAGCGUCUGGGGUCCCGGUGGCCGAUACUAUGUUUGCCGAUACUCCUGGCUGCGUCGGCAUGCGGCAGCGACAUCCUAAUGAUCACGAUGGGCGGCACCAAGUCACAUAAAAUACCAUUCUGGGCUCUCGCAAAAGGACUAAUAAGGAGAGGUCACAACAUCACAUUCAUCAGUGGGUUUCAGCCUGACUUCCACUUGGAUGGGUUGGAGGAGAUAGCACCAGAGGGCUUAGUGUCGUAUGUAAGGAACUUCAUGUCCUCCGACUUGGUGGGAGCCAGGAUGCGCGGAGAGGAACCGGUUGCUGUUACUGACAUACUUAGAUACGGAUAUGAGGCAUGUGACGCUUUCCUCAACGACUACGAGACAAGAUCUUUCUUACGAUCAGGAAGAUCCUUCGAUCUCAUAAUGAUUGACGGCGCGUACCCUGAGUGUGCUAUGGGACUGGUCUAUAAGAUGAAAGUGCCUUUCAUGUAUCUAAACACCGUUGGUUUCUAUCCUAUGCCGCUCAGUAACUCUGGCAGCCCUACUCCUUUCUCUGUCACCCCCUUUUUUGGAAAGGCAUUUACCGACAACAUGGGAUUCAUCGACCGCGCCCUGAACGCUGCCUGGAAUCUAGGCGCUAUUUCCCUCCAUGCGGUAUCAAUGACCAUUCUCCAAGGAGUGUUGCGAAGGAAUUUCGGUUACCGUAUGCCUCAUGUUUACGAUAUGUCGAAGAACGUGAGUUUUAUCCUUCAGAAUGGCCAUUACUCUGUAUCGUAUCCAAGGCCUUAUCUGCCUAAUGUUGCCGAAAUUGCCUGUAUACAUUGCAACGAGCCGAAAAGAUUGGAUCCGGAAUUAGAAGAAUGGAUCUCCGGCGCUGGUGAUGCUGGCUUUAUCUACGUGUCGAUGGGAUCUUCGGUGAAGACCGCUAAGAUGACCCUCGCGGCCCAUAAGUUGAUAGUGGAUGCAUUGGGCAGGCUCCCUCAGCGAGUGCUUUGGAAGCAUGAUGCUGAGCAGAAUAUGACUAAUAUACCAUCAAAUCUAAGGUUACUCAAGUGGCUUCCACAACAAGAUUUACUAGGUCAUCCGAAAAUUAAGGCCUUCAUCACACACGGCGGCCUUCUCAGCAUGUUCGAGACAGUCUACCACGGAGUUCCCAUCGUCACCAUACCAGUUUUCUGCGACCACGACGCAAACGCAGCCAAAGCCGAGGUGGAUGGUUAUGCUAAGAAACUUGAACUCCAGCAUCUGACGUCAGAACAACUUUACAACGCUAUCAAAGAAGUGAUCGAUGACUCUAAAUACAAAACAGAAGUGAAGUAUCGUCAAGUUUUGUUGAGAGACCAAAAAGAAAGUCCAUUAGACAGAGCAGUAUAUUGGACGGAAUACGUCAUCAGACACAAGGGAGCGUAUCAUCUACAAUCUCCUGCUAAAGAUCUGAACUUCUUCCAAUAUUAUCUUCUUGAUGUAGCAUUAGUUUUCUUCAUCACUCUUAUCACAAUGUAUGCUCUUAUUUCAUUGGUAUUAAGAUAUAGUUUGAAAAGAAUUGCAGAUUUCAUGCAAAAUUGGCAGAUGAAAAGAAUACUGAACAACUCAAAUAUUCUAACAAAAUCCACGUCAUUAAUAGAUCGUUCUACGAUGAAAACGAAGAAGAAAUUGUAAAAGCCAAAAAUUAGGAAAUAAGAUUGUGAUCGGAUUUAAAUUGUCUUCCAAAAGACUGUGUUUGUUUUGAAUAAAAAUUUAUUUUUAUGUACAGUUUAGACAGCGAGUAUUUAUUUUAUGUCGGCAUGUUUGUCGUAUCGAACUUUUAAUUUCUGUAUUUUACUCAAUUAUGAACGGCUUAUCUCCAGUAUGCAUGAGAAUGUAAUUAUUUUGCCAAUAGCAAAAUAAUGGAAUUAUGUCUUCUGUUUAGUUUAAUCUAUAGUUUCCUAAAUAUUGUAAAAUAAUUUCAGCAAGAGUAGGAGAAAAAAAUAUUUUUUCGGCAUAAAAGAGAUUGUUUAUCAUGAUUUUUUCCAAAGAGUUUUAAAUUUAUUACUUAAAAUACUGUAUUCUCUUCAUUCCACCGUAUAGAAGUUACCAUUUAAGUUACCAUUGACAGUAAUAUAUUGAGUUUACAAAUCGUAUUUUGAGACGUUUUAUAUUAAGUAGUUUAAAAUUAGUUAAUAACUUCUUGUAUAAUAUUUUAGAUGAAAAGAAAUGGGAGAAUUCCAAAUAAAUCAAAAUACUUGG